CURGGACGGAUGUUACGUCAAAUUUUGCCGGAAAUAUCGCCUUCCGACAGCGAAACGUGUAUCUAGCCCCGGCGCCUUCUAUUACUUGAAAAUGGAAACCAAAACAGAGCCGCACAAGCGCUUCUUCUGCUCUUUUCCGGACUGCUCGGCUGCUUACAACAGACAGUGGAAACUGGACGCCCACUUGUGUAAACACACCGGACUUCGUCCACACUCGUGUCAACACGAGGGCUGCGGAAAGUCCUUCUGCACGCCUUACCACCGUGCCCGGCAUGAACUCAUCCACAGCGGGGAGAAGCCCUUCCGCUGCUCCGUGGAGGACUGCGCGGAGGCUUUCACCACGACCACCAACCKRAGCAGACACGUCAGCCGCGCGCACGCUCACGAGCAGAAGAAAUACGCCUGCACGGUCCAGGGCUGCGGCCAGGAGUUCAAGAAGAACAAGCAGUUGAGGGCCCAUAUGUGUGAGCAGCACACGCAACUGCCACCCUACCAGUGCGCCCACGAGGGCUGCCAUAUGCGAUUCUCCAACCCCAGCAAGCUGAAGCGGCACSAGAAGGUCCACAGAGGUUACCCCUGCRCGGAGGAGGGCUGUCCGUUCUCAGGGAAGACCUGGACGGACUUACUGAAGCACAGGAAGGAGCAGCACCGGGUUGUUCUAACGUGCGAACACUGCAACAAAGUGUUCAGGGACUCCUGGUUCCUCCAGCAGCACCAGCGCGUCCACGCCGACACCCGGGUCGUCUACAAGUGCCCCAGGGAGGGCUGUGACCGCUCCUACACCACCAUGUUCAACCUGCAGAGCCACGUCGGCUCCUUCCACGAGAACCUGCGCCCCUUCGUCUGCACUCGUGACGGCUGCGGGAGGGCUUUCACCAUGAAGCAAAGCCUCCAGCGUCACAGUGUGGUCCACGACCCGGAGGGCAGGAAGCCGAAGAAGAGCAGACCAAAGAGGUCUAUCGCGUCCAGACUGAGCGGCUACAGAGAAGCGAAGAGGGUGGUGUGUGAMAAACAGCCUGACCUGGAGCUUGGGCUCUGCCAGGAGAAAACRGAGCAGCCCGGUUCCGUUGCGUUGGUGUCCCUGUUGCAGGACACGACUUUGUUGUGUGAGCCUACCGUGGACACUCAUGGACUCACAAACGUACUGAACCCUCCUUUAUCAGUGUAGGGUUCAGUGACAGUAUUCAUAUCAGCACUGUAAGAACAAAAGGCGCCUAACAGGAGAGUUUGGGGGGGUUAAGUUCA